CAUCAUCACGAUCACCACUGUCGCUUUCUCUCCAUUUCGUGUUGUCUAUCUCACUAGUCAUCAAACAAAACAUUUAGCAAGCCUCAGUCGUUUACUAAAAAUAAAUUCGAUUCUAUCGUUGAAGUCCGAUAAGCAUCAAAGUCCGGGGAAGUCUUCCAUUAAUAGCUCUUAUCAAUCCUGUGGCGUGCAUUUUCCACAUUCCAGAGCUACUUCAACAAAAGAUAGCAAAGCCCAGUCCGGACAGCUACGUAACCAUCGAGGCUUCUUUGUCACUGCCGGAAAAAAAGUGUCGAAUUCAGAACGUCACGCUCUUGGCUGGUGCUCUAGGUAGAGUGUUCUGUGUAUCGCCGAAUUCGCAAUGCAAAAUUUGGAGUUAUAGGUUAUCCACGUUCAUUAGGUAGAAUGUCAUUCACUACUGAUUUAUGAUCAAUUUUCUUGGGGAAAAUUCUACAGGAAAAUUAAUCUAUUUGGUUUCGAUGAGGAAUAUUGCAUCUAGCUUGGUUUAGCUGGAAAUAGCUAUAGAGACAUCCUGACGGUUGUUAUACGGUUCAGAAAAUCAAAGUGGGAGAAAUUACAAACACAAUGUCGCCAUUACGAAAAGUAUCACUACCUGGAAAUGUUGGGAUGCCCAAUUCCCAACAACCUCUUAUGGAAAUGAUACAAGCUGGCCGAUCAGACAUGUCAUUAGCAGUGGAAGUUAGUACUGGUACAUUGAAUUCACCUACAUCUGCAGCAGAUGUUGUACAAACAGAUUCGCGGAGGCUCUCGAGUGCUUCACAAAUAGAAAAACGUCCAUCGGCAUUGAGUAUGAACCGGAAAUCAUAUUUACCUGUUGUACCCUCACCUCUUAAUCCUUCUACUUCCUCGACAUCGGUCAAUAGCAGUGAUGAAACGAAGAGCGGACCAAUGGGCGGUACCAUGUCACUUAGGGAUUCCUCUUCAUCAGGCGAUUUACCUCUUCCUACUUCCACAACCUCAAGCACCAACACUCAACACAAUGGAACAGCAAAAAAGAAAGGAAAAGGUUUAAGUUCUCCGCAACUAUUUCUACGGCGGAAAUCAGAAUUAGCAGGAAUGGGUCUACAAAUAGGAGAUACACGAGUGGGCACACCGAAAGGCUUAAAAGAUCUAGGCCAUGAUUAUUCACGAUAUCCCAGUUCACGCCCGAGUUCCACUUCCGGUCCGUCAGGACCCAACACACCACUGCCCAUUUACAUAAAUCAAGCAUCUAGCUCCUCUGAUUCCCUUCCCUCGAUACCGCGAAACCCCUUCCGCGAUUCCACAUCUGCGAUCGUCGACCCCGAAAAUUGGAAUUAUCCAGAUGAUCGCAUGGGGGCAUUCGAUCCUUAUUUUGGUGGUGAAAAAGGGUUUAUACUAUAUGAUGAUGAGAUUGAAAAUGAUGAUGAUUUACACAUGCCUCAUGAAAAUGAUGAUCGGAUUUUUAAACCUACCUGGCAUGAAUGGUUGGAGAGAAGAAGUUUGAUUAAUGCUAUUGGAGGUGUGUUUAUGGUUAUUGGGUUGUUGUGUGUUUUUAUUUUGUUGCCUGUGUUGACGUUUGCGACGAGGGUUUGGAGCACGGGGAGGGAGGGGAGUGGAAGUGGGUAUGUGGAUUAUGGACCCGCUUGGGCGCAUGUUAAUAAUGUGUGUAUGAUCUUUUGUCCCUUUGAUUUCUCUCUUCCAUUUCUACUAUUUCUCCCUAUCUUUCCUUCUCACACUCUAUACCCCAUCUCAGAUCUUCUCACUGACAUCUCUUCCCGCCCAGAAUACCUACCCCCUCCUCAAGAACGUACGCACAACCUUAAUCGAUCCUGACACGCCCCAAACUGCAAGGACCAGACAAAGUACUUUUAAUGGAGAGACGCUCAAUCUGGUUUUUAGCGAUGAAUUUAAUAAGAAUAAUCGUACAUUUUAUCCUGGGGAUGAUCCUUUUUGGACCGCGCCAAAUAUUUGGUAUGGAGCUACGCAGGAUAUGGAGUGGUAUGGUGAGUUUGAAGAUUUCCUCUUUUUUUUUGGUUUGGGAAGCUCAGGAUUGAGGGGAGGGCAAGCAGAGAUGGAAGUGGAGGAGAGGUUAUAUGGAGGUGAAAUUUGUGGCGGUGGGGUUAUUGCGUGCAUGAGGGCAUGCUUCUCCUAGCUUUUCUCCAUGCAAACGCAUCCCGCUCUUCUAUACUUCCGGUGCCAAAAGCUCAUUCCUCCUACACCAUACUAAUAACUCCAUAGAUCCCGUCGCCGUCACAACCGGCGGUGGAACCCUCCAACUCCGCAUGGACGCCUUCCCAAACCACAACCUCGGCUACCAAUCCGGCAUGCUAAACUCCUGGAACCAACUUUGUUUCAAAGGUGGCAUAUUCGAAGUAUCCAUUUCCCUUCCCGGACCCUCCGGUGUUCCCGGUCUCUGGCCCGGCGUCUGGAGUAUGGGGAAUCUCGGCCGACCAGGCUACAAAGCAACCACCGAAGGCGUAUGGCCUUACACCUAUAAUUCCUGCGACUAUGGAAUAACACCCAACCAGAGCUCCCCAGAUGGACUUUCCAAGCUUCCCGGCCAAAAAUUAAAUAGUUGCACAUGUAAAGGACAAGAUCAUCCCACACCAGGAACCGGACGCGGAGCCCCCGAAAUCGAUGUUUUGGAGGGAAGUGUCGAUCCCAAUAAUCGGAUUGGCGUCGUCACACAAUCAUUCCAAGUGGCGCCUUUUGAUAUUUGGUAUCGACCCAACUAUGUCUUUUUACAAAUCCCGGAGUACAAUACCACGAGUAUGAAUAGCUAUUGCGGGGGACCCUUUCAACAGGCUAUUAGUGGAACGACCCUCUUGAACAAUGAUUGGUACGAUGGAAACGCUUAUCAGAAAUACGCAUUCGAAUAUAUACCGGGGACAUCUAGCACGGGAAAAAUCGCCUGGUUUGUAGGGAAUCAGCAAACUUUUAUGAUGGAUGGGAGAGCCAUUGGUCAGAAUGGUAAUGUGGCGGCGAGACAGGUGAGCGAGGAACCCAUGAGUAUGGUGUUGAAUUUGGGGAUUAGUGGAGCGUGGAGCGAGAUUUUGAUGGGGGAGUUGCGGUUUCCAACGACGAUGUUUGUGGAUUAUGUGAGGAUUUAUCAGAGGGAGGGCGAGGAGAGUGUUACGUGUGAUCCAGAGGGGUAUGAGACGACGGAGUAUAUUAGGGAACACCCGGUUGCUUAUAUGAAUCCGAAUUUGACGGUAUGUUUUUCUCUUUUUUUUGGUUUGGUUGGAGUUUGGCUUUUGUUUUAGCGGGUUAAGGAGGGUGAUUUCACAUGAUUGAUGAUUUAUGUAUAUAUGGACUAACUUCUAACCUUUUCAAUAGGCAUGGAACGAAACGGGAUAUGAUUGGCCAACCAAUAAACUCAUGAAUGAGUGCUAAGAAGAAAUUAUUCCCUUCAACCACAAAUACAGCUACUUUCAUCAAAUCCUACAUCAACGACCAGACUAACCUCAACCUUCAACUCGCAAGCCAUCGAAAUCUCAAUCCAAAAUACUAAAUACCAAUUAUGUAGAUAUAUAUCAGACGCUAGCCUAGCCUAGCCAAGCCACAUCUACUCAUUCAUCCACGCAUCCUCCCAUUCAUUCAUUCACACCUAUCUAGACUCCAUCUCUUCCACUCACCCUCUACCAACCAUCUCUUCACCAUCACCUCACCUCACCAAACAUAGCCUCCAACAUACAUCAUACAUCAUACAUCAUAUCACAAAUCACACAUACAUACACACCACACCCCAUAAAACAAGCCCACACACACCACGACACGACACGACAUACAUACAUAGAAACCCCCUAUUUUAAAACUAUCCCCAGCAC